AUGUUACGCGCAGUGAGGCUACCCUGUCGGGCGCAGAACAUUACUGCGCCAUGUCGAGUUCGUCGCAUCACUAGCACACCGACUGCUGGCCCCGCGAACUCGUUUCCGAAGGAGCCUACGGCACAUGGUGUUCUCCCUUCAUCCCAAUCACCCAUUUUAUCAACUCUCAAAUUCUUCAACUCUGUGACGGGCGAUGGGACACAGAUUCCUACAUACAGAGUCCUAGACAGUGUCGGACAACCGUUGGAGGGCGCUACGGUUCCCGAAGAGAUCGGCGAAGCUAUGGCGAGGCGAAUGUACGAGAGCAUGGUGCAGCUCCCGAUCAUUGACAACCUCAUGUAUAACGUACAGCGGCAAGGGAAGCUCGCCUUCUACAUGACCCAUUAUGGUGAAGAAGCGACAUUGAUCGGAUCGGCCGCAGCUCUCGCAAACGACGACGAAGUCCUCGGACAAUAUCGAGAACUGGGAGUCUUGAUGUGGCGCGGCUUUACAUUGGCUGACAUGAUGAACUCUUCGUUCGGCAACUGCGAGGACCCAUGCUCCCGAGGAAAGCAAAUGCCCAUGCACUUCGGUUCGCGCAAACACCACUUCCACAUGAUAUCAUCCCCACUCGCAACCCAAAUCCCCCAGGCUGCAGGGGUCGCUUUUGCUUUGCGGCGAGACCCUUCUAGGCGAGGCAAGAACUGCGCCGUGGUAUACUUCGGCGAAGGGGCCGCAAGUGAGGGCGAUUUCCAUGCGGGCAUGCUCUUUGCGUCAACAAUCCCAUCACCUACACUGUUCAUUGCGCGUAACAACGGCUUCGCCAUCUCCACACCAGCCAACGAGCAGUACUAUGGUGACGGAAUCGCUGCCCGAGGGCCCGGCUACGGUAUGCACACCAUCCGUGUCGACGGGAACGACGUUCUGGCUGUGUACAACGCCGUCAAGGAAGCGCGGCGGCUAUGCAUCGACGAGGGCCGGGGCGUCCUCGUCGAGGCGAUGACCUACAGAGUUGGCCAUCACUCCACCUCGGACGACUCCUUUGCCUACCGCCCGCGACAGGAGGUCGAGGACCGGAAGCGCCUCGACAACCCGCUCGCGCGCUUCCGGCUCUUCCUCGAGGCGCGGGGCUGGUGGAGCGCCGAGGAGGACGACGCGCUCCGGGCCCGCCUGAAGGACGAGGUCCUGAAGGCAUUCAAGAAGGCGGAGGCGCUGCCGAAGCCUGAGCUCCGUGAGAUGUUCGAGCAGGUGUAUGGCGGGGAGGAACCGUGGACUCUGAGGGAGCAGAGGGAGGAACUCGGGAGGCUCCUCAAGAAGUACGGCGAUGUCUGGGAGCCUUGGAAGACCGAGCUGAAGAAGCAUAAGGGCGCUGGAAAGGAGCUCAUGGACACGAAGCCUUAA